AAUCUGAGAAUUUCUGAGUGAGCUUUUUCAGUUGUCUCUGAAAACCUGAGAAUUUCUGAGUGAGCUUUUUCAGUUGUCUGAAAACCUGAGAAUUUCUGAGCGAGCUUUUUCAAAAAGCCCUGAAUGGAUUCGUGCCUGGAGAUGCCUCAAAGAACCUCCCAGGCAAACCCCUCCAAGCCUCUUUGGGAGCCAACCCCAGCGUGACACAAAAACACCCCAAGCACACCAGGAACUGCAGCUCCCUGCCCAAGUUUGGGGGAAAAGGGGCUGCUGGUUUUACUUUUGGGGGAUUUUAUCAGCUCCCUGAGCAGAGAGCCCAGCCUGCUCUCCCAGCAUCUCAUUUUUCACCCAGGACAGCCCGUGACAAAUGAGUGGAGCAUCCCCAGUGACACAUUCCAAGGGGAUGAUCCCUUCUGGAUUCCUCUUGCUGCCCUCUCCCCUGGUUUUUUUUUUUAUUAUUUUGAGUUUGUUUUUUUUCAUUACAUGAAGCUGACAACUGCAGAUUUGCCCCGUGCUGCUCACACAGUUAAAAGAAGAGUUCAUGUCCACCCCAGCUUGUUUCACUUUGCUGCUGCUCCUGGGCCAGCCCAAAUUUCAGCUGCAGUAACACGAUCCCACUUGGCAGAGCCUGAGAGAAUCUUUGGCACAUUGGAAAGAGGCUUAAUGUAAAGUCUGCUUUUUUUUUUUUUUAAAAAAAGAAAUAUCUUUUUUUUUUUUUUAAGGGCUUUUUGAAACUGCCCUGCUUGUGCACAGCUCUGGCAGCAGCUGCAGGGCUGCUCACAAAUGUGAGCUCAGGGAUCACAAAUGCGUGCUGGGCAGGGAAUGUCUUGAGAGCCUGUCCCAAAAACCCCUCCAGAACCCCUCCAGGACGGCAUGGAUCGGGCGGAGCAGCUCUGUGCAGGCAGCAGAGGCUCCCUGGCCCCGGAGCAGAGGAAGAGCAGGGGCUGGAGGACCACGCUGGGGGUUCUGUGUCUGCUCCCUGCGCUGGCCGUGCUGGCAGCUCUGGAAUCUCCAGCUGGAAUUCAGGACAUUCAGGGAGCCGUGCCAGGCUCAGCUGUGCCCAGCCCUGCCCCUGCCCGGCCCAGGCGUUACACCAUCACCCCCGGCCACCUCAAGUGGGACCACUUCAACCUCACCUACAAGAUCCUGUCCUUCCCCAGGAACCUGCUGAGCGCCAGGGCCACGCGCCGCGGGCUGGCGGCCGCGUUCCGCAUGUGGAGCGAGGUGUCCCCGUUCAGCUUCAGGGAGGUGCCCAGGCACCUCCCCAGCGACCUCACCAUCGGUUUCUAUUCCAUCAACCACACAGACUGCCUGGAGUCCCUGACCCACCACUGCUUCGACGGCACCACGGGCGAGCUGGCCCACGCCUUCUUCCCACCCCACGGGGAAAUCCACUUUGAUGACCACGAGUACUGGAUCCUGGGCAACACCAGGUUCAGCUGGAAGAAAGGAGUGUGGCUGACAGACCUGGUGCACGUGGCUGCCCACGAGAUCGGGCACGCCCUGGGCCUCAUGCACUCGCUGAACCCCAACGCGCUCAUGCACAUCAACGCCACCCUGACGGGCAAGAAGAGCAUUUCCCAGGACGAGGUGUGGGGAAUCCACAGGCUCUACGGCUGCAAGGACAGGUUGUUGGUGUGCCCCUCGUGGGCCAGGAAAGGUUUCUGUGAGAAGCGCAGGAAGCUGAUGAAGAAGCACUGCCCGUCCAGCUGCGACUUCUGCUACGAAUUCCCAUUUCCAACGGUGCCCCCCACUCUGCCCCCACCAAGGACCAAAACCAAGACAGUUUCUGAGGGCAGGAACGUCACCUUCCGCUGCGGGCAGAAAAUCAUCCACAAAAAAGGCAAAGUGCACUGGUACAAAGACAAGGAACUUCUGGAAUAUUCCUAUCCAGGGUAUUUAUCCCUAAAUGAAGAUCACAUGAGCAUCAUUGCAAAUGCAAUUAAUGAAGGAACUUACACUUGCAUAGUGAAGAAAAAAGAAAGAAUCCUGACUACUUAUUCCUGGAGAAUCAGACUGAAGCACUGAGCCAGCCUGGAUUCAGCUCCUGCUCCUGUUUCCAGCUGUUUCUUUGGCAUUUUAGAUUUAAUUUCCAGUAGUGCAACUGAAUUCUCCAGCAGCUGCUUUGGUUCUUUGGGAUAAAGACUCUGGGACUGCUUACUGGAAUGUCAAGCUCCUCCAGAUUCCUUUGAGUGAUAAAGAAUUGAUCAACUAUUUGCUGUACAGAGAAUUAAAAACCUUUUUUUUUUGUAAGAAAAGUGUCAUGUGGAGCUGUGUGAACUGCUGCAAAGCAGGAGCAGACUCUGCCCCAGCCCCUGGGCCAGAGGGGUGGCAGGAAAAGGACAAAUUCAACACUCUGAGUGUUAUUUUACAUCAUAUUUACAGUCAUAUUUUACAUCCUGCAAUAGAAGAAAUUCCACUGCUAGGCCUUAAUUCACCUUUCUUUCACUUGUCAGGAGGAUGAGGCUCACACAAACCCUGUUUUGCUCCUCACUCCAGCAUGUUCAAGGAGCCACAGAACAGCUCUUCCCCCCAGGUUUCCUGUGGUUUGAGGGUUUUCCUCUUAUCCCAGGAGGGAUUUAGUGCUCAGAGCUGGUCCUUGAGGGGUCUGAGCUGCAUAAUUUGCUAAUUAAGAGGUCUGCACUGCUCAGUUUGGCAAUUAAGGGGUCUGAGCUGCUCAGAGUUUGGUCCUUGAGGGCUCUGAGCUGCUCUUUUUGGUAAUUAAGGGGUCGAGAUGCUCAGUUUGGUCCUGAAAUGCUCAGUUUGGUUCUUGGGGGAUCUGAGCUGCUCAGUUUGGUUCUUGGGGGAUCUGAGCUGCUCAGUUUGGUAAUUAAGGGGUCUGAGCUGCUCAGUUUGGUUCUUGAGGGCUCUGAGCUGCUCAGUUUGGUAAUUAAGGGGUCUGAGCUGCUCAGUUUGGUUCUUGAGGGCUCUGAGCUGCUCAGUUUGGUAAUUAAGGAUUCUGCACUGCUCCAUUUGGUCCUUCAGGGGUCUGCACUGCUCAGUUUUGUAAUUAAGGAUUCUGCACUGCUCAGUUUGGUAAUUAAGGAUUCUGCACUGCUCAUUUUGGUAAUUAAGGGUCUGCACUGCUCAUUUUGGUAAUCAAGGGUCUGCACUGCUCACAGUUUGGUCCAUGAGGGCUCUGAGCCUUGCCCCUGCAGCAAGGAGGUGAUUUCCCCCCCGAGGAUGAGGUGGGAGUGCCCCAUCCAGCUGCAGAGGAGUGGCUGGCAAAGCUGGAACAAUUCCCUGUCCUGGCCCAACUCUGCACUGGGGUCAUGCUGCAGUCCUGCACAGCUUCCCUCUGCCUUCCUGGGGAAGCUUCUGGAAGCAGGAAUGUUCAGCUGUUUCUCCCUGAGGCUGAGGGGAACAGGGAGUUUUGUCUUCUCCACAGGAAAACACCCAGACUGCUUUCCCAGCUCACCACAACUGCAGCACAGCCACAUUCCAGCCCCACAGCAAAACUCCCCAAAAUGGACUGAAACUGAGAAAAAUGUUUAGGGUUGGAGUUAAUCCCUUACUGGCCUGGUGCCCAGCUGUGGUUGCAGGAAAAUGUGGUGUUUUCCAGAUCUCCCUGUUCCCAAAACAAAGUGACAGCUUCACAAAUCAGGGGCUCCAGAGGAUGAGAUUCCAACAUGAUUCCUCCUCUCCUCUCUCCCCAGAAAGGACUGGAAUGUGGCCUUGCACAACCACUAAAAGCUGAGUUCUUCUCUGCAUGGAAAAAGGGCAUAUAUGAAAAAAAACAAAACCAAACAACUUUGACAGAAAAUAAAGUUUCAAGUCUCCAUAUUAAAUCUUUUUGAUUUAUAAAACAAUAGAGUAAUUUGUUUUGCAGUGUAAAUACAUUUACAGAACAAAAGAAAAAAUCUGGUCAGGGAGUAUCAAACCCAGCCCAGCUCUCUCCAAGGUAACAGGAUACAAAUCUCAUCAUUGUCAUUUUUCUUUUUGCCCCAAAUAUAUUCAGACACAAACCAUUUACUCACUUAAAAUAAAAAAUAAACUCUCUUUACUGUCACCAACAUCCCACUGUGCUGCAUGUGAAGCAAUGAAAUCCUUCACUCUAUUAAACAAUUGAAAAUGUAUUUUAAUUCUACAAAUUUACAAGAAAAAAAAAACAAACCAAAACAAA